AGUUAACUUACCUGCACUGGCAGGGUAACGAUUGUGUUAGUCGCUGGUUGCCUAUCCUUCCACGCACGCUCUUACCCCACAUGUCCGAGGUGUGCUCCCUCGCAAUUCUUGAAUACCUAAUCCAGUGCAGUGGAUGCCUGCGGUUAGAAGACCUUUGGGCCUUUCUGCUAGCUAAAUUUCAUCAGUGUUCCGACGUACUCUCUAUUGUCGGUUCCACUCCUGAGUCUUUGGAGCAAUUCAUCAGACGUCAGUCUGCACUUUUUCGGAUUGUCGAUGGAUACGUGUAUUCUUCUGACAUACCUUUAGGAACGUCUGAUAGCGUACCUGCUCUUUCACAUUCCAAAAAACCUUCAUCCGGUGAGUUUAUUCAUCCAGAAGGCGCCAUUGAUUCCGGACAUACGAUGGGCUCAGAAAUGGAGCCAGAAGUGCAAGCCGUGAAGUAUUUUCAGGAGCAUCUCCUGAGGAAACCAGAACGAUGGGUUCCCAUCAAACGUUUAGCUGGUCACUUAUCACAGGCUUCGCCCUCAAUUCGCAUGGUCGUUGGUCCGCAGUCGGAAUUCGUCAGUUUUCUACUUCGACACUCAUUAUUCUUUCGCGUGCAAGGGGACCUGGUUGGACUCAGUGACAAUAUUCGAAACAGCUUUUCUGCCUGUUUACCAACACCAAAUAAUAAGAAAAAGCCGCGACCGGUUUCAUUUCAGGGCAUGGAGGACCCACGUCGUCGAAGUUCUUUCGAUCGAGUCCAGUUACCAGUUUAUUUCCAAACCACGGCGGACAGUAGCACCGGACCGAAACAACCUAGUUCUGAGACGGAUACGAUAGUACUGAGUAUAGAAGAAUGUAAGGCGUUGCUGUGGUUACGGGAUUCAGUUGAAUCAAGUUCAGAGCAUGAGUUGCUGAUGGGUUCGUUGCUAUCUAGGCUCUCCAGCGCACCUAAAUGUGUUCACGGAACCAUCGGCUGGACGCAAAUCGAACUCAAGGAAUUCAUUAAAAAGUACAGCAAGGUUUUCUUAUACGAUGAAGCCUCUCAAAAGGUCCGGAUGCACUCAUCGAAGAACAUUAAUCUGGUCAUCGUCACAAGGAAUGCGAAUGUCGGAGAAAACGGUGUACUUCUCGCACAAAGAGGAUGUAUAUUCUGCAUCAAUAGGCUAUGGGGAAUUAUCGACCUUGGAUUUCACGAACACGUCUUCUUCGAUCGAUCGUUAUUCAAACAUGUGACAGAUCUGUCCAAACAUUUCCAAGUGAAAGAAACUGUAUUCUUCAACGCUGUGCUGGCCCCCAAAGAGUCUCGAGCUAAAUGGCGAGCUACAUGUGUGUGGAAGGAGAGCGAUCCGCUGGCAAACUACUUGCAGCGUCUUGCAACAAGAGGUCAGACCGUGGAUUCCGCAUCCGAUGAGAAUUCCGAUUAUCAGGACGAUCCAGAUUCCGGGCUGGAUAAUUCGGAGGAGCACCCACAUUCGAAACCAUGCAUAAAGUACCUGUUUGACGAAGUCAGUGAGGCAUUUGACCGUUGCGUGAAUGCGUUUGCCUCAAUCCGCUUGGCAGAGGCUUGGGAAGUCCAACCUAAGCAGACUUCGACACAAUUGCCAGAUGAGGCUCAUCUUGGACAAAUAUUGGCUGAUGGUCCUUCAAGCGCUCCAAAACCAUCGUCUAGGUUGGGCGAGUCUCGAUCUGGUUGUAGCAGUCCUGUUUCGGAACUGAGCACACUUUCUGGAAUACCCAGCAUUACUGGUUUCGCAGAUGGAUGCAGUUCAAUCCGCACAAGCUCAUCUGUUCCUCUAAGCGAGUCCGAUCCAGACCGAUCCCGUUGUGUAUGUUCAUGCAUUCUUGGCACUGAUGCAUUCGCAACACGCCAAGUGACCCAAACAUCAGUCUCCACACAGACGCUUUUCACCGGAGACAUUAUGGCAACCAAAUUAUAUCAUGAAGAUGUGGGAACUGUCGUUUAAAUCCUAUACUGUUGCCAUAUCUUCCGAAAGGGUUUUCAUUGUAGUUUAGAACGCAUGAAUGGUUGAGUAUGGCUUCUCGGAUUUUUCGCAGUUAUGGUCGAUGUAUUGUGUUCGUUAGGCUUUCUUAUUAUGUUUUUCCUUAUUCUACAUAUACUACUCAUUACCCGCAUGCAUUCAGAUCCAUAGAUGCAUGCUCCAUGCUUUACUAGUUUCGUCGAACACUGCGAGUUUCCUUCUAACCCAUGCACAUGUAUCCACAUCUGCACCUGCUUUCACCUACAUUAAUUACUCCGGCUGUGAUCCCAUCCAACCGAUACUACGCUACCCAUCCGAAAGGCUGUGUUUUUAUCAUAUCUUUUUUGUUCGUAAGGAUUGUACUUUUUAUCCACUAUACAUGACCUUUUUG